UUACGGUUAUUACGUAUCUACAUGCGCCGCUGUCGCAGCAGCAGCUGAGCAGAAUGGUAACAACUGUGAUGUGUUUUUUGAUGGACAUCUCUGGAUUAGAGUCGUCGUGUUAUUUGUGCUAUCGAGAGCCCUAUGACAGUCCGGGGCAGCUAUGCCACUAACCAUCAGGAUAUGCAAGUAUUCGUAUCAUUUCCAGCCUGAUCCGUUGCAGUGUUAGCAUUGUGUUAGCUGGGACAGAAAUAGCCAGCCCUCAACGAAACAGCAGCCUGCUCCGGUGUUUGGAGCUGCUUUGUGUACACUAGUUGGCCAGUUUGCAGUUUCUCUGGCAUGCAUCUCUCCAAGAAAUGCUCCGUCUUCAAAUUGGUGCUGAGUGCUCUGCUGAUAGUGGCGCUCCUGCAGCUCAUAUACCUGUCCUUCUUAUCCAAGUUUCACGGUAAGCAGCAGCGGUACCGGUACUCUGAGCUCUUUGGAGGCUCUGGGGGCAAAAAGAAUGGGAACGCCGAGAAGAACUCGCGGAAGGAGCGUCUGAGGUACUCGCUGUCUACAGGUGGGAUCUUUGACAACAGUGGUCAGUACCGGGUGUACAAGAACUUGAUCAAAAGUGAUUUCACCACAAAUCACAAACCAGGAUCCAACCCCAGCUCCAUUGCGCUGGCUUUAGCCACACACACGACCAUCAAUAAUCUGCAUCACCUGGAAUCUCUUCUGGAAAGGUGGCACAACCCUCUUGCUGUGGCCAUAUUCGCACAUGGGCAAGAUGUCAAGUUUGCCACAGCUCUGGUCUAUGCGCUCAGCUUCUUUUGCCCCCAGAUUCAAUCUCUGGUGGACUUCCACUUGGUGUGCCUCUCAGGAGAGAUGGCCAGUUUCCCCGAUCAGGACCGUGAGCAUUUUGCAGGUCUUGAGGACUGUGACUCCGUGUUCUCCAGACUGGAGACCCACAGGGAUACAUACAAGAACUAUGCCAUCAGUGGAAACGUCUCCUACCCAAACAACCUUCUUCGUAACGUUGCCCGAGGUGGCACAGUGUCCUCCUACAUCCUGGUCAUUGACAUCGACAUGAUGCCCAGCGCUGACCUGCACCAGCAGUUCCUGGCCAUGAUCCUGGAGCGUGAGCCAGUGAGUAAUGAGGUAUUUGUGCUGCCUGCCUUCGAGAUCCGCCACUCCCGGAAGAUGCCGGCGAACAAGGCAGAGCUGGUUCAGCUCUACCAGGUCGGUGAGGUCCGGCCGUUUUAUGAAGAGCUGUGUCCUCGCUGUCAAGCCCCCACCAACUACUCACAGUGGGUUAACAGCCACGUUAGAGGGACGAGCACCCUGGAAGUUGCCUACAUGCUCACCUGGCAGGACCCCUGGGAGCCUUUCUACAUCGGACCCCACACUGUGCCCCUCUAUGAUGAGAACUUCAAGCAAUAUGGCUUCAAUCGUAUCAGCCAGGCCUGCGAGCUCCACGUCGCCGGAUACAAGUUCUCGGUGCUGAGCUCAGCCUUCGUGGUGCACCGGGGAUUCAAGAUCCAGGGGGAGUUCCACGCCAGGAAGGACGAGGAGAACAAACGCAACCGGGUUCUGUUUCGCAGCUUCAAAGACGGCCUGAAAACCAAAUACCCAUCCUCCAAUCGACGGUGCUGAAACCAGAUGAGCUUCAACCAGUCUCUCAUGGAACCAGAUUAGGCUUCGAGUCACUCUUGUGAAGACAGCACAGCAGGAGCUUCAUCUCAUCCAACGCUUGGGUUUAUUUCAAGUCCAUCUGAAAAUGAGCAGCGGAGAAAUGUUCUCUGGGGGUUUCUGCGAGCGUCCUGCUAGUUGAGACUGAAAGUGAGAAAUACGGUUCAAGACAGGAGAACUGGCUAGCGACCUUUAUUUGUUAAGCAAAUGCAACUCCUAACUCUAACUCCAGGCGAUCGACGGUAAUAUUAAAGCAUACGAGGUACAUUUUCUAUUUUUGAGCUACGAAAAUAGACACAAAUGAGUCUCUGCAUGUUCCCUGAGAUAACUUCACUGUGUGUCCUGUAACAUGACGUUAACGGUGCAUGACAGCUGAUAAAAGGUUCAGUCCAAAUGUAUACUUUAUCGACCCUCUUUUGCUUCCUUUAUAAUAAUUAAAACACUUUUAUAUCCCAAAGAUAGAACUGUCACGUUACUGCUUAUAUAAUAAUAAUAAUAAUAAUAAUAAUAAUAAUAAUAAUAAUAAUAAUAAUAAUAAUAUAAGCUUUAUUUGUAUAGCACCUUUCAUACAAGAAUUGCUUCACAGC